UUUGAUCAUAGAUUAUCUACGUUUAUUAGCAAAGGAGUAACGUAUCGUAUUAUAGUAAAAAGAAACCAUUAUUUAUAUAUAUAGAAUUUUUUGUGUAAUCAGAGUGUAUUUAGAGGAAAAAUGAGCAAUAGUCGUAAUGAUUGUCGUAUUUAUGUGGGAAAUCUUCCUCCAGAUAUUAGAUCAAAAGACAUUCAAGAUCUUUUUUAUAAAUUCGGCAAAGUGACGUUUGUUGAUCUUAAGAAUCGACGAGGUCCUCCUUUUGCUUUUGUGGAAUUUGAAGAUCCAAGAGACGCUGAUGAUGCUGUACGUGCAAGGGAUGGGUAUGAUUAUGAUGGUUAUAGACUAAGGGUUGAAUUUCCUAGAGGAAGUGGACAUGGAGGAUUCCGCGGUGGCAGAGGUGGAGGCGGAGGAGGUGACCGUGGCAGAAGUUCUAGAGGACCACCAGCUAGGAGGUCUCAAUUUAGAGUGCUUGUUACUGGUCUUCCCUCAUCAGGGUCUUGGCAAGAUUUGAAGGACCAUAUGAGAGAAGCUGGUGAUGUUUGCUUUGCAGACUCUUUCAAAGAUGGAUCAGGAGUUGUCGAAUUCUUGAGAUAUGAAGAUAUGAAAUAUGCUAUAAAGAAACUUGAUGACUCUAGAUUUAGAUCACAUGAGGGAGAAGUUUCCUAUAUUCGAGUGAAAGAAGAUAAGGGUGGUAAUGACAGAAGGUCUGAUGCAAGAUCAAGAAGCCGUUCUUACUCUCCCAAACGACGUGGCUCCCCAACAUAUUCACCACUAAAGCAUAGUUAUUCAAGGAGUAGAUCUCGUUCAUGAACAAAAGUUUCUUUAGCCUUCUAUUAUUGAGGAGGAUCUUCUUCGCCAAUUCCUCUAUGUAUGUAUGAUUGUGUUCGGUAUGAAAUCGUACUUUUUCAUCAAUUAUUUGUAUUAAGUAUUGAAAAUAAUGUUUUUCUGUUAAAUUUUUUUCUGAAUGCUCUUGUAAUUUUUUUGAUUUGUAUGUACAUGUGUACAUGACUAAUGAUUUUUUUUCUGCACUUUAUGAAACUCUCCAUUGGAUGAGGAAUAAAGGAGGAUGAUCAUAGAUUUGGAGUAAAAUAAAUAUCUUAUAAAUAAG